AUGGCUGAGUGUUGUCCACUGGCCGUGGGUUCCUGGGCACAGGGCCUGUGGGUCUCCCAGCCCAGCUCCGUGCAGGGCACCGAGGGUGGCUCCAUCAUCCUGCCCUGCGCCUACAACAGCACUCGGGAGCCCAGGCUGGGCAGCUACACCUGGGUGAAGGAGGUGGCGGGCGCCCGGCUGGAGCUGAGCAACGAGACCCAGGAGUUCAGGGGCCGGGUGAGCCGGGCCCAGGACCGGAGCUUCCUGCGGGAGAGGAGAGCCGACGUGGAGCUGCGGGACCUGAGACCCUAUGACACCGGGACCUACCGCUGCCUGGUGAAGAUCCCCACCGUGGGAGCGGGGGCAGGGAAUGGGACAUGGCUCCAGGUGCUGAAACUGGGCCCCCCCCCACCGGCCCCCCUAACGCUGAGCAUGCUCAGCUUGGGCUUCAGCGCGGCGGUGGGGGUUGCUGGCGGAGUCGCUGCCCUGAUUUUGAUCUGCCACAAGAGGAGACGAGACCGGAGAGAAGUAGGACCCCAGACGGAAGCCCCAGUGCAGACCCCGGCCCCGGAGCUGAGCUACGCCGAGCUGAGGGUGAAGCUGGGUCGGCGCCCGGCGCCCACGGGCGAAAUCGUCACAUACGCCGCCAUCGGGGGCAGCCUCCGGGGCUAG